AUGUUCGCUUCACAAACAACGACCCCUGUAUAUUCGUUCCUCUCGCAGCCGCCGCCUCAGAAGAAGCGUCCUACGCAGCCCUUACCCUUGCUCCCCGUCACCGUUUGCCGUCGCCGUUCGGCGACCGUCUCGGCCGUCUCUGCCUGGGUUGCGACCGUACAGCCCGGUUCACCUGCGCCUUGCUCUCCCCCAUUGUCCAGUCCCCGCCGCAGAUCGUCCUUAACCCGCCGUUCUUCAGUGUCAUCGCGCACCCGUCGCCCGUCUGUCGGAUCUGGUCGUGUGCCCUCCGGCUCAUUCUUGAACUUCUUUGACACCCCCACCACCGCGAGUAUCACUCACAUCACCCCCUCUGUUAAGGAUUUCAAGCACGACGUUACCACAGUCGGGUACACCUCUGUCUUCGUCCGUCUCCCGACGCCCACGAGUCCCGCGUCUGCUAUUCCUGAGAAGUUGCGCCCCGCUCCCGCGAAGGCUCACCGCACCCUAAAGCGUUUCCGUUCCCUCUCCGCACUCAGGCCGAGCCGUAUUCGCGCAAAGCCCUCCUCCAUGCCCCCCACGCCCCCACCUAAGCCCGCUCGCAAUCAGGCGAGCGAGGCAGUGAAAAAGAGUAAGAAGGCCAAGUACGCCAAGUACCGCCCCCCUCCGCUCGCCGCGGAGCUCGCCCUCAUGCAGUUCGCAGACGGCGGCAAGAUGGAAGAUAACAUUCGCCGUUUUGCUGAAGCCCAGGCGCGCGCAGCGGGUGCCACUGUCGUCGACGGGAAGCUCGUCGGUGUCGGCGACUUUUUCCGCGACGGCGAGGGAGGCAUUUGGCGCGACCAGGACGAGGAAUGGGAGUACGCGCACCUCCUGGGCGGCGACGAGGCCCUGAACGAGGUUGGCUGGGUUCGUUUCGGGUCCGCAUCCAGCGCGGCGGAGGACGAGCAGCGUAGGGAGAGCGUGUCGAGCGCUGACUCAGACCUUGACCCCCGCUACGCGAUGCAGCCCGAGGAGCGCGACGAUCUCGCCGUGUUCGGCGGCACGGUACACCCCAGUGCGUUGCGCAAACCCGGCAUGUCGGUCCUCGCACUCCCCUCUCGUAGCCGCCGCUCCGCGAAGCAUUUGCGCAAGCCAGAGUUCCUCCUCGACAUCUUUCCAGUUCCAGAUGCGGCUGCGGACUGCGUAGCAUCUCACGGUGCACAGGGCAAGCCUCGCCGCCGCCCUGCACCCCUUACACUCACACCGCCGAGCCCAGCCUUCAAGUGCCCCACGAACCCGCUUGAUGCGGAUCAGGUCCGCAAAGAUUUCAUCGACUCGUCCUUCACUCCUACCCCUCCGCCCAAAUCCAAGUUAGCAAACCCUGUACCUGCGCGCGUUGAGUCUCGCGUAGUUGUCCCUCCCAGGAAGACAGCGCCGAAGACCCCCAUGAAGAUGGAUGUGCGCGGUUUACUACGGGCGAUGGGCGGGAAGAAGGCCAGCGGUGAUAUCUAG